GCCGAGCUUCGUUCGUCUCGCUGACACCAAGACCUGCCCAACGCCAUUAGUGAUGGUUCACGCAUAGUGGACAGUACCUAUUGAACCACAAAAGAAACGUGUGAUUGGAAGACGCUGUCAACAUGUCGAAUGCCACGCCUAAUAACAUCGACUUGUCGCCGUGGAGCGAGCCCGCGUGGCUGCACGGGAUCGCGUCGCCCUACUACACAGAAUCCCAUCAGCAGUUGCAGCGUGCUCUGCGGGCUUACAUCGACGAGAACAUCAGACCAUACGCAUUGGACUGGGCGAGAGAAGGAGGCGCCCCUCGCGAAGUGGCCACGCAAUGGCACCGCUCGGGGUUCGCAUUGACAGACGUUCCAUCCAAAUAUCGCCCGUGCGGCGCUCCUCAUCCAGCCGGAAUCCACGUUGACCAUCUUGAUCCGUUGCACCUGCUCAUUGCUACCGACGAGUCCUCUCGAGUGCAAGGCGGAGUCUUUACAAGUAUUGCUGGUGCUAACGUGAUUGGGAUUCCGCCCGUCAUUCAUCAUGGGAAUGAAGAGCAGAAGCAGGAGUGGCUCCCGGGACUCUUCAACCUGAAGACAAGCUUCUGCCUCGGGAUCACCGAGCCUACAGCUGGUUCGGAUGUGUCAAACAUUCAAACCACCGCGCGUCGUUCGUCUGAUGGCAAGUUCUACGUGGUCAACGGAUGGAAGAAAUGGAUCACAGGCGCGCCUUGGGCCACGCACAUGACCACGGCAGUGAGGACGGGCGGCCCAGGCAUGAAAGGCAUUUCCGUACUCGUCAUUCCACUCGACUCGAAGGGCGUCUCACAUCGACGAAUCCUCAAUAGUGGUCAAGAAGGAGGAGGCGCAUCGCUGGUGGAGCUGGACCAGGUGCACGUUCCGACUCGCAAUCUUCUUGGCCGAGAGGGGGACGGCUUCAAAAUCAUCAUGCGGAAUUUCAAUCGCGAACGCUUUGUGAUGAGCGUGGGCUGCAACCGACAAGCACGCACGUGUCUCAGCGUCGCUUUCGACUAUGCCAACAAACGCGAGACGUUUGGCAAGAAGCUCAUCGACAACCAGAUCAUCGCCAGCAAAUUCACCAUCAUGGCCCGAUACGUGGAGUCGCACUGGGCUUGGCUGGAGCAGAUUGCCUACGCCGUACAGAAGUCAGCGCAAGGCUGGCAAGACCCCGACAUCGCGGGCCGGAUAGCUCUCGCCAAAGUGCAAGGCGGCAGGCUGCUCGAAAUGGCGAAUCGAGAAGCACAGCAAGUCCUCGGCGGAGCAGGGUAUCAACGAGGUGGCCCCGGUGCGGUCGUGGAGCAGAUUAGUCGUGAUCUGCGUAUGAUGGUCGUGGGGGGAGGGUCGGAGGAGAUCAUCUCGGAUCUGGCGGUGCGGCAAGAGACGAUGCUGGCUAAACGGAGAGGAUGGAAGCUGUGAGAAUGGAAUGUGGAAGGGGGCAACACGAUGGCCAUGUAGCCUUAGAAGGCAUACUCGGCGACAGUAUCAUUGUUUUGGCGCCGGCGAUCAACCUGUCACCCACGACACUAUUUGAGACCCGCCAAACCUUGUCGCGAAUCGAAGUCCCUGCGAACCCAUCGGGAAAUAGCUGAUUGCGUACCAGGCCAAUGCAACAAGCUGGAUGACGGCAGAAAUCAACGUCAGUAGCUUGCUGCGAAGCUGAGGUGGCAAAGCAGAUUAGUGAAUGAUAUUCGUGGCAGGAUUGCGAUCCAUGAAGGAGCACCUA